UAUACCUCUCCGUCGUCCCUUCGGGGACAUCCGAUAAAAAUAUACCUCUCCGUCCAGUCAUCACGUCGUCUCUUUGUCGUCGUCGCCGUUCUUUCUCGCCGGGAAAAUCAAAAACACUAAAAACGAUUUGAAUUUUUAUUUUUCGAAAAAGAUAUGGAUCCGAUCGAAUCCGCGGAGUACAACAAUGGCUUUGAAACCACCAAUGGUAACUCUCACAACGACCAUGGUUGGAAGAAAGUGGUGUACCCAAAACGCAACCGGAAGCAAAAACCGGCGGAUCAAUCGACGGCGGCGAACGGUACUGUCACCGGGAAUCUAAUCUCCAACGGGGCUUUAUCCAACGGAGGAGGAGACAACGUCUUCCGUUCUCUCGAGGAGCAAGCUGAGGGUCGUCAUCGACGGAUCCUCGCGGCGAAGAAAGCUUCUGAUGCGGCGGAUGUGUCUGAUGAUGAGAGAUCUAAACGGAGAUCUAACGGUUACGGUGAUGAAGACAGCGACAGUGAAAUCGCGGUGGGGAAGGAGAAUUUAAAGGCAGAGGAAGUUAAGAAACCAAAGGUUAAGAAGGAGAAGAAGCCUAAGGUGACAUUAGCUGAAGCUGCUGCUAAGAUUGAUGUCUCCAAUCUCGAAGCUUUCCUCGUUGAAGCUACGGAAUCUUAUGGGAGUCAACCAGAGAUUCAGCUAAUGAGAUAUGCUGAUUACUUUGGGAGAGCACUCUCUCAAGUAUCCUCAGCUCAUUUCCCAUGGGUUAAAACGUUCAAGGAGUCUCCUUUAUCUAAGCUGAUCGAUAUUCCACUCUCUCAUAUUCAUGAAGCUGUCUAUAAGACAUCAGCUGAUUGGAUCAACCAACGUCCCAUUGAGGCACUUGGAGUCUUUGUAUUGUGGGGAUUGGAUUGUAUUCUUGCUGACUUGGCUGUUCAACAAGGAGCUGCCAAGGGCGGUAAGAAGGGCGCUCAACACGCUUCUUCAAAAUCUCAGGUUGCGAUAUUUGUGACAGUAGCAAUGGUAUUGCGCAAGAAGCCUGAUGCUCUAACCAAUAUAUUGCCAACUUUGAGGGAGAAUCCCAAGUAUCAGGGACAAGAUAAGCUUCCAGUUAUAGUUUGGAUGAUGGCUCAGGCCUCCCAAGGUGAUAUAUCAGUAGGCUUGUACGCGUGGGCGCACAACUUGUUACCGGUGGUCAGUAGCAAGAGUUGCAAUCCUCAGUCAAGGGAUCUUAUCCUUCAGUUGGUUGAGAGGAUAUUAUCUAACCCGAAGGCCCGGACAAUACUUGUAAACGGGGCUGUUAGGAAGGGAGAGCGAUUGAUUCCACCUCCUUCCUUUGAGAUCUUGGUUCGACUUACAUUCCCCGCAUCAUCUGCAAGAGUGAAGGCUACAGAGAGGUUUGAGGCAAUAUAUCCCUUGCUGAAGGAGGUGUCUCUUGCUGGUGCACCUGGAAGUAAGGCAAUGAAGCAAGUCACUCAGCAAAUAUUCACAUUUUCCCUGAAAGCAGCCGGGGAAGGAAAUCCCGUAUUAGCCAAGGAAGCGGCUGCAGUCACUAUCUGGGCUCUCACCCAAAACAUUGAUUGCUGCAAGCACUGGGAGAAUCUCUAUAUCGAGAAUUUGGAAGCCAGUGUUGCUGUUCUUAAAAAGCUCAUUGACGAGUGGAAGGAGCGUUUUGUCAAGCUGACUCCUGCAGAAGCCCUCACUCUCAACCAAACAAUGAAGAGCUUCAGACAAAAGAACGAGGAAGCUCUUGCCGAGGAAGGAGCCAAUGGUGCAAACCAGUCGUCCCUUUACAAAGAUGCUGAUAAGAGCUGCAAGGUGUUCUUCGGGAAACUCUCAAGUGGUGGCUGCAUCAAAAGUAUAGCUACCACUGCUGCAGUUCUGGCUGCUGGUUUUGCUGGUGCUGCUGCUGUGUCUGCCAACCCUGAGGCUAUGGCCUACGUGAACAACCUAGUGGAGUCGUUGGACCUCAACAAAUUUACCGAGACAGUAAUGUCAGUGUUGAAGAAAUGAAGUGAAUACACCUGAGGGGGCGUGACAAGCAAGAGAAGCAAGUCUCCUUAUCGUCGGUGUAGAGAAGUGCUUGAAAAUUAUACUCUCUGAUUACAAAGUGUUGAAACCUGACCGGCAUUAGGGGGAGCCUAAUGAGUGAAGACUGAAGAGAGGAGGUUUAUGUCUUAUAAUCAUGUACUUUUGAGGAGUUUGUUCAAAGCUCAAAAGUUGUAGAAGUUGUUGAGACUGUUUCUAAUUUAAGAUGUUCUUCGUUUUUCCUUCUUUCAGGGAACAAUAAAGUUAUAUUUUCAUUUGCUCUUA